CAGUUCGACACAAAAUCUUUAUUCAGUCAGAUUCAGGAGAUCUUUCGUGUGGAGCUUCACUGUGAUCAACCGACUACAUUCUCAAGCACAUCAAAUUCACGAAAUGAAGUUGUUCGUGGUAUCUUUGAUGCUUCUGGGGGCUUUGUGGGUCGCCGCGGAAGAGGAAAUCGAGUGUGGGACAAAAGGCAAAGGAAACGAGAGAAUUGUAGGUGGGAAAAUUGCUAAGAAAGGCUCACAUCCUUGGCAGAUAACGAUUAAAAGCAGCGGACGUCAAGGAGUUUCCCAUUUUUGUGGCGGCAGCAUCUUCAAACCUAAUUGGAUCAUCACUGCUGCUCAUUGUUUCAGAACCAAUCCCAAAACUGCGGACUAUAAAGUCACUGCCGGUGAGCACAAUCUCAGAAAAGAUGAAGGUGAUGAACAAGAAAUGGACAUCGACAAGAUCAUCAAGCAUCCUGACUUCAACACAAACACAGUCGACUACGACAUCGCGCUUCUGAAACUGAAAACCAAUAUUAAAUACGAUGACAAUGUUCGACCUAUUUGCCUUCAAUCACAAAGUUUUCCUACAGGGACUAACUGUACUGUGACUGGUUGGGGAAAACUUAAGGAAGGAGGACGUCGCACCCCCUCUAGACUUCGUCAAGCCAUAGUUCCCCUGGUUUCUCAAAAAGACUGUGAGAAGGCGUACAGCGGUAUUACCUCACGCAUGCUCUGUGCUGGCUAUACUAAAGGAGGUAUCGACUCGUGCACGAAUGACAGUGGCGGACCGCUGGUCUGUAAGAACAAAUCUGGCAUCUGGGAGCAAGUUGGAGUUGUGAGCUUUGGAACAGGUUGUGCUCGCCCUGGUAAAUUUGGCGUGUAUGCAAAGAUGGAGGAACUUAAAGACUGGGUCGAAACAACUGUUAAAAACAACUAGUACAUUCAUGCAAAAUAAAGGAAUGAAAUUUCGAAAAUAUAUGUCUACUAAUCAUUCCCAGAAAUUUGAACAUGGCGC